AUGAAAAAAAAUAAAUAGUAUAAGUAAUAAUUACCAAUUAUUAUCUAAAAGUAAGAAGACCAUCUGAGAGAGAGUAAGUAUAAAUAACAAUAUAGGAAAGCUAAAGGAAGUUAUAUGUAUGAUCAUUCAUUAUCAGUCGAAAGAGGACGCUAAUAUCAAAGUAAAAAUAAAAUCUCGAUAAGAAGUUCAAGUAACAGAUAAAAGCAGUAGAAUGGCGAAUAAACAUUUUUAUGUGGUUUGAUCCCAUCAUCAAAGAAUAUCAAAUACUAAAAAUCUAAGUUCACUCUUAAUACUGAAGAAAUUAAUAAACAUAAUCAAAAAUUAUAGGUUGAUGUUUAAUUGCUCUAUCAACUUAUCAUCCAGGAUUAAUUUAAGUUAAAUAAAUACUAAAUUCCCAAACAAAUACUUACAAAGUUGAAUCAAUCUAAAUUAAUUGACUCCAUCUAGAAAGACCAUAAUAAUCUUUCCUACAAUUAAUAGAACUUAGAACAUUGUUAAUUGUGUACGAGAUCAUGCUAUGGAAAAAUAGUUCAAACUAAUUGCUUACACUUUUAUCAUUAUGAUUGCUUUCAAUCAUAUUUGGAAUUGUGUGUAAAAAAAGGAUACCCUCAAAUCUAUUGCCAUUGCAAAGCCAAGAUAGCACAAUAAAUAGUUCUUCAUAAUACAAACCAAUUAAUAACCCAUCGAUAUUUUUAGAAUCAAUACCAAAAGAUUUAAAUCAAGUAUUUUAAAUACCAUAAUUUUGAAAAAUGUGUAAAUUCAUUUUGUAAUUUCUUUUGGAUUAAAACAAAUCAAAGUUCUAAAAGGAAAACAUCUAUUUUAUAAUAUUGUCCUGUUUGCUUAAACAAAAAUUUUGAAAUAGGCAUACAAAUGGAAUAGAUAUUUUAAAAAUUUUGA